AUGUUUAGUAAUUUAGAGAAAAAUAAAGUUACAGUUGCUGAAGAUUUGAUCAUUCAAUUAACUAAAGAUCCUAAACCAUCCUGUAGCCAAGUUAAUUUUGAAGCAAAUUUUGACCAUUUGGACUUAGUUAGUAGACUGGUUAGUGAGUAUAAAGAAAGAGAGGAGGUGUUUAGUGAUCUGUUUGGAAAGAAAAAAUCAAUGAACUUGGAUAAUGAUAUGGAAGAAGGAGAUUUAGGAGCAAGGGCAGCAGGUGUGCAUCAGUUGUUGCAGUUUUCUGAAGGAAAGGAAAUAUUUGUAUUUGAUAAUGAUAAUAAAGCCUUGAAUAUAGGAGAUGUUGACUAUUUGCUGCUAGCUAGACAAGUGGCAUUAGAAAGAGCAUAUGUAUUUAGAGUUGCUAAUGAAGAUGGAUAG